UUCAAUUUGUAAAGCAAUAUGGCGGUGUGUGUGCGCAGCACUGAUUCUGUUAAAUGAGGUUAAAUACAGCAGGCAGGUGAUAAGCCAGUCAUGGCAGAUGGAGAGCUUAGUUUGAUUGAUAAGGACAUUACAAGUUUAUUAGACGUCCCACUGAAGCCCACUGUCACAUCUUUAAACCUCCACUGUAAUCGAUUGUCAAAGAUUGAAGGGUUGACAACAGCAUGGCGUCUGCGACAUCUGGAUCUUUCCUCAAAUCGAAUCGCUCGGAUCGAGGGCCUUGGUACCCUCUCUUCGUUGCGUACCUUAAACCUUUCUUGCAACAGCAUCACCAAGGUGGAAGGUCUUAAUGGACUUGUUAACCUUACAAGACUUAACUUGGCUUAUAAUCAAAUAAACGAUCUGACUGGACUUUUAUAUCUGCAUGGGACUGAAUCCAAAUUGAAACACCUCCAGCUGCAUAGCAAUCGACUGGAAAACAUGAACCAUUUGCUGCAAUGCAUGGUGGGACUGCACAACCUGAGAGAUGUCACUCUCAAUAUGGAUGGUGCCGACAAUCCUAUCUGUCGUCUACCAGGCUACCGGAAUAUGGUACUGCAGCCCUUGCAACAAAUCUCUACUCUGGAUGGAGAAGAUAGGUUGGGAAAACCCAGCCCUUCACUGGAUGAGAGCCCAAUGGACAUUCCAGGCUUGGAGGACUUUCUGGAGUUUCUGAUUUCAACAGACUCUAGUGUUAAUGUUGAGCCGGUCCAGACAGAUGCUUCUCUCCCUACUCCCCGGAUUGACGAGGUUUUGACACAGUUUCGGCAACGCAGUAGAAUUUUAAAUGCGCCUUCUAAAGUGCAGGAGUGCUCAGUCAGAGCUGCUUCAGCCACAGGGAACCAAAUAAAUGAGCUCCGUAUUAAAAAGUUGGAGCAGCAGGUGUCCCAACUCUUUCAGAAGGCCCCAGUGGCUGAUACCCCUAGCACAAGUGCCGCAUUGCAGUCUGUGGUGCGGAAGGCAAAAAGGGACACAGAUCUCACAUCAGAGAGUGACUAUGACAGUGCAAAAGAGAAUCUGCAGCACUCAAGAGUCCGCCGACCCAAAAUCUUAACGGUAAAGAAGCUGGUAAAAGGCAAACAUUCGGACAGUAGUGAAACAAGCACACAAAAACACAGGAGUGUAAAAGUUGCUGCUGGCUCCGGGCAGAGGGCAGCAGUCCAUACAUUAGCGGUGACAGAAACAGCAAAGAAAGGCCUCAAAGCUCGCCAGGCCACUCCAGACGAAAACUCCAAUCAAACACAGCAGGAGACCUACAGGGUAAUAGUGGAUGAACGGGAUCAGGAGCGGGAGCGGCGUUGGAAGGCAGAGCAGGCUGUGAAAAAGCUUACAGAUCAGGUCAAGGGGCUGCAAGCAAAGGCCACAGAGGAGAAAGAACUCCAGAGUCUAGCUUUUCACACAACUGAUAGGCUGAAGGAGUUGUUGCUGAAGGAGCGCUCAGAGCGGACGGCACUGCAGAUUCGAGUGGAAGAGCUGGUGGAGAGAUGUACAAAUGCAGCACAACAGCUGGAGCAGCAACGCAGCCAUGAGGCACAAUACAAGGAUGCACUACACAGUUUGCAGGAGAGUGUCUCCCAACAAGAAGCCCUCAGAGCCACUCAACAGGUGGACGAGAUGAAGAGAAAGCAGGAGCUGGAGAACAAAUGCGCAGUUCUUAAGAGAGAGGUUGAAAUACUUCGAGCGUCCGUCCGGCAGCAUAAAGAUAAGGUACAGCAACUUCAAGAGCUGCUAACCACCAGAGAGGAGGCACACAGGAAGGAGCUCUCUUCACGGCUCAUUCCUGGUAGUGGUGAGUUCCGUGAAGCUGUGGCGAAGGAAGUGGCGGCUGUGGAGCAGAGACACACUCAGAGACACAGUGAGAUGGAGCAGAGACUGAUUGAUGCUCGGAAACAGUAUGCCUCACUAGAGGAUGAGUUCCGCAUGGCUCUUACCAUUGAAGCAAAUCGAUUCUCUGAGGUGAAGGAAGGCUUUGAGCUGGUGUCUGCCGAGCUUGCCGAGGUGAAGAAAGCUUUGAGCGCAUCUCAGCAGAAAGAGAAGCAGUCAGGGUCUCUCGUGCAGGAGCUCACAGCCAUGGUGAAGGAGCAGAAAACUCGAAUAGCUGACCUCAUCAAAGCCAAACGUGAUGCUGUAACAGAAUUAAAGGCAAGAGUGCGGACUUUGGAGGCAGGAGCAGAGGAGGACAGGCGUCUGUGUGUGCAACUGGAACUUCUGAAGAGGGACAAAUCCAAACUGCUUUCACAGCUUACUGCACAGGAGACUGUGAUUGAAGGUCUCCGAGCAGAGAGAAGGCUUUGGGGGCAGGAACUCGCACAACAAGGAGCAUCUCUUGCCCAGGAUCGAGGUCGCUUGGAAGCCAAAAUCGAGGUCCUGACUACUGAACUGGAGACCCAGAAGAAACAGAAUCAGAGGGACAUCGACUCACUAAAGAUUAAAACAAAGAUAGUGGAUGAUCAAACAGAGACAAUCCGGAAGUUAAAAGAGGCAGUGCAGGAGAGAGAUGAGCAGCUUCGUGCACUGCGCGAGGAGAACCUGCAGGUUCAGAAAAACCUCCAGAAGGAGUUGAAGGGUGAGAUAGCUUCAGCAGCAGAGCUCCGAGAUGCAGUGGACAAACUUAGUUUUAGAAAAGAAGAGCUCAAGCAACAGCUUCUUGACAAGGAGGCUGAGAUGGAUGAGCUCAAAGAUGCUUACAGUGCCUCGUGUUGUAAAUGGCAGGAUAAAGCGGACCUGUUGACCAAACUGGAGAGUCAGGUGAAGCGGAUGAAAGAGGGAUUCGAUGCUAAAGAGAAAGCGCUACUGGAAGAAAGGGAUAAAACCUCAAGAGCACACAAGGCAGCGGUCGAGAAACUCCACUGUGUGGAUGAUGCCUUCCGCAGACAGCUGGAGUCCCUGCAGGCUUCCCAUCAGGCUGAGCUGCUCCGAUUGGCUAAUGAAAAACAGAAACAAAUAGAACAGGCCAAUCAGAGGGUGCUUCAGGUGGAGAAUGAGAUGAGGCAGCUUCUAGAGGAAACAGAGAGCAACAAAAUAGCAAUGGAGGAGAAAAUGAGACGCCUCACCAAUGUGCUUAAAGACUUCUAACUGCAUAAUUUUAUUGUGUGUCUAUUAAAAUAUACAUCAGGACCCAACUUCUCAGUUGGAUAUUGGAAGUACACUUUUUCUGAAAAGCAAACUUUUCCAUGGCACUUGAGUGCUACUUACGAGGGAACAUUUUAGAUUUUUGUAUAGAUUUUACUGUAUGUUAAUAGCUUUAAAGUAAUUAGGGUCUAUUUUAUUUUUGUUUUUUUUCAUGCUAUAUCCAUGUUUUUUCAGGGGAAAUAAUUAUAUUACAUUUGCAAAAGACAUACUCAUGAAUGAUUAUCACCUACAAGGAAAAGUAGUUUUGCACUAAUUAUUUUUUGCACAUUUUUGCUAGUUUGCAACUCUGUUUUUUAAAUAUUAAAUAUUUAUUUAUGUAUUUCUUUUUAUAUAUACUUUUUCAUCGUGUGAUAUCUUGAAAGCCUAAAUGGCAAGGUGUUUUUUUUUUAAAGAGCUAAUAAAACAUUUUUAAAGUUG